CUUCUUUUGAGGACCCAACACAACACUCGUAGCCAUAGUUGAUGUGAGGAAGAGUAGUAUCUAAUAAAAUUCCAAACCCACGGUACCUUUUUCUCUCUUUUCUUCUUCACCCAAACAAUGGCGGCUCCUCUGCUUCUCAGAGCCAUCCCACUCGUCCGACUCCGACUCCAAACUCACAGACUCGCCGCCGGAAUCUUAAUUCGUCGGCCGUGUUGCACCGCCACCGAGUCGACUCCUCUGCCGGAGGAGGAUGUAUCCGUUGCUAGCCAGAACGCCGCAGUCGUGAGCACCAAAGAUCCACCGAAAUACCCUGGGUGGGACGAUCUUGAUUACCGGAAGUGGAAAGAUAAAGAGGACGAGAUUAUCCGAGACAUCGAGCCCAUCAUUUUGCUCACCAAAGAUAUUCUACACUCUAACAGGUAUUUGGAUGGGGACCGUCUUGUAGCUGGCGAUGAGAAAGCUGUGGUAGAAAAGCUUCUUGUUUAUCAUCCUCAUGCUGAAGAUAAAAUUGGAUGUGGGCUUGAUUCUAUUAUGGUUGAUCGCCAUCCUCAAUUUAGACACUCAAGGUGCCUGUUUGUUGUAAGAACUGAUGGUGUAUGGAUAGAUUUCUCCUACCAGAAGUGUAUUCGAGCAUACAUUCGAGAUAAGUAUCCAUCUCAAGCAGAAAGAUUCAUCAGAGAACAUUAUAAACGUAGUAGUGGCUAAUGUCUCUUUAAGGCUCCUAAUCUUGAUGCUUCUAUUGAAGCUUGGCUACUAUUUUGGUGUUCAUCAGAGCCACCAUGAUGGGCCUAGUAUGGUUUUCAAGAAUAGACUCUUGAAACCAUUUUGUUUUUUGUUUGGAAAUGGUCCACACCCCCCACAUAACUUUUUGUCAAUGUAGUAGAUGGCUAGUUUGACUGGCACUUUAUGUUUAUUUAUUCCUUGGGACGAAGAAAAUGAUUGUAAGCCUACAUUAAUUUGUUGACUACCAACUCUCUUUUUGGUAGCUUUUGCUCGUAGUAAUGCUGGUUGGGUGAUUUUGUAA